GGGCGAAAGUUGUAAAGAACGCUGUUGGAGUUCUCUUGUGUUGCACUUUGAAAAGGACAACAACUUGACAGACCGGCUCACCAGCAGUUGUUUAUUUACGUUUUCAACAAUCAGUGUCGUGGACAGGAAGAAACGUGGAGAUUUUUGUUGAAUCUGGAGUUUUAUUCUACACUAUUUUGCAGGAACAAUGAGACAUUAGCGUUGGAUUUCGUACAAUUAACUGGUAAAUAUGGUUAUAUUGAAAAGUGUUCACUUUCUCUUCAACAACGGCAGCUGGAAUAAGCCCCUCAAACUCCUCAGAUCCAUCAGGUCGAGUGUCUUCCAUUUUGAAUUUACACGAAUAUCGACAAGGACGAUCACCACCACAGCGAUAAAAAUGUCUCAACUUCGGUCUGCCUAUUACUCACUUGGGGAGCACACGCUGAGUGUGCCUGCAGCAUUGUUUGCCCUGAAUCGCCAACGUUUGGUGGAGCGUUUGCAAAACAAUCCCAAAAUCAACCGAAAUUCAGUUGUGAUCCUUCAGGGAGGCAGCGACGAAUCUCGUUACUGCUCUGAUGUCGGACCUGUGUUUCGUCAGGAGUCUUAUUUUCACUGGAGUUUCGGCGUCUUAGAACCUGACUGCUUCGGAUGCAUUGGAGUUGGGGAUGGACGCUCAAUUCUUUUUGUACCACGACUUCCAGACGAGUACGCUGUGUGGAUGGGGAAAAUUCCAACCCUUGAUGAUUACAAGCAGCGAUAUGACGUCGACAGCGUGUUUUAUGUAGACCAGGUUGCUGAACAAUUAAAGAACCUUAAACCACAUUCUUUACUGACAUUGAAUGGGACCAACAGCGACAGUGGAAAAACUUGUCGCGAAGCGGUAUUCGAUGGCAUUAGCGAGUUCAAAGUUGAGAGUGGGUUGUUGCAUGCUGAGAUUGCUGAAUGUCGUGUUAUUAAGACCGAAAUGGAAAUGCAAGUUUUGCGGUAUGUCUGUGACAUUUCUGCAAAGGCUCACGUGGAGGUAAUGAAGAAAAUUCGUUCUGGAAUGAAAGAAUAUCAGUGUGAGGCCAUCUUCACAAAUUACUGCUAUUACAAUGGAGGUUGUCGACACAGUUCCUACACUUGCAUCUGCGGCAGUGGGAACAAUGGUUCUGUCCUCCAUUAUGGGCACGCUGGGGCUCCAAAUGAUAAGACAAUCAAUGAUGGCGACAUGUGCCUCUUCGACAUGGGUGGAGAAUAUUACUGCUACACAUCUGACAUCACAUGUUCUUUCCCAAGUAAUGGAAAGUUCACGAGGGAACAAAAAAUUGUGUAUAAUGCCGUUCUUGAAGCAAAUCAGGCUGUUUUUAAGGCCAUAAAACCAGGUGUUUGCUGGGUGGAUAUGCACGUGCUGGCCAACCGAGUUAUGCUGACGUACCUCCGAGACAAUGGCAUUUUGCAAGGGGACAUUGAUGCAAUGAUGAAAGCUAAUCUGGCAGCAACAUUUCAACCCCACGGACUGGGUCAUUUUAUGGGGUGCGAUGUCCACGAUGUGGGUGGAUAUUUGGAAGGAUGUCCUGAACGACCAAAGAUUGCGGGCUUAAAAUCCCUACGAACGGCAAGAGUACUGGAGCAAGGAAUGGUCCUUACGAUCGAGCCCGGCUGUUAUUUUAUUGAUCACUUGCUUGACAAGGCGUUGGCGGACCCGACGCUGUCAAAGUUCUUGAAUUCAGAUGUCAUCCAAAAAUUCCGUGGAACAGGUGGAGUCAGGAUUGAAGAUGACAUACAUGUGACGGAGAAUGGAGCGGAACUGCUUUCGAGAGUGCCAAGAUCAGUCGAAGAAAUUGAAGCUGUGAUGGCGGAAGGGCAGAAGCAGGAAGUGAUUGUGCCCCAACUCUGUAAAUCCGUCGGAAAACAAUGAAAAAGAGUGAUGAUACAAAUAUUGGCUGACGAAGAGAUAUUUUUGCCCACAUGUUUAUCAAAUAUUAAGCUUAAAUAAAGAGAGUAUUAUAUUUGUAUCGUUCGCGGAAGGAA